AUGAAGGUUUAUCCUGGCAACAUGGAACCGGUGAACGAAGAAAAAGUGGAAACCGUCGAUCUCGACGAACUGGAGGGAGCACUGGGGGGAACAGAAAACAUCUUUGCACAGGAGUACGGAGCCGAAACCAUGACGCAGGCGAGAGAAAACCGGGAACGGCUCGCGCGAAUCACGAGCAAAACGAAAAAACACACAGUUGACCCCGGAUUACAAGUUGGGACCAACGCCCGACUCAGUCAUUUCCAGAAGGAGAAACUAUACCAAAAUGACUGGAAUAACUCUGUCCUUGAUUUGAUGGAAAAUCUGCUGUAUGAAUGCGCGCAAUCUUCGAAAGCCCACGCGGACGCAGCAAGGGCUUGUCGUCGCAAGUACAGGAUGUUGAUGAUACCGUCAAUCGUUGUCGCGACUGCGGCUACAAGCGCAUCGUUCUUCGCCGCCGGGGGAAGUCCCUGUGGUGAGGAUGGCGGAAGCGAUGACGAUGGCCUCAAGUAUGUAGUCGCCUCAUUGACAGCCCUCGUCGGAAUCAUGUCCGGAAUCGCAAGUGUGUACAACUUCAAAUCGAAGAUGAGCGAAAACGUUGCGGCCUCCGGUGCUUUUGCGAAUCUUGCGCGCCGGUGCAAAAUUAUCUGCUUUCUUCCCAUCCACCUCAAGCCCAAUAGUGAGGUGGCCCUGACAGACAUUUCGGCAGAGCAAGCGCAUCUAACUAGUAGCUCGCCAUUACUUUGA